AUGCGUCAAUCUCAGCUUGAUGCUAUCCUGAGAGACUUGCACAAGGACCAGGAUGUCACCGCUCGAGUCAAGCAGGUCCUCGGACUCUCGACCAUGGACUUGCCUCGUGCGAGGCGGCUCGAGUUUAUUAAGGCUGUCAUCAGCGAGGUAGUAGGCAAGCCGUUGCGUAGUGCGCACUAUGCUUUUGUUGCAGCAAUAACAGCAUUUCGGGACCUAGCUCAAUUUCUUCAGCGCAAGGAGCAGUCCCAUGCUUUUAUUGUCGCAGCCAUAGAGAAGCAUGCGGUCAAUCACGCAUCAGGCUUGUGCUUCGAUCAAGGUAUUGUAGAUCCAGAACUUCUUUCCUCAGUUUCUGAGCUUCUUGACGAUACUUUAGCGCGAAUUUUUGCGGUCCGAUUUCCCGCUGCAAAGCGAGUACGGAGGGGUCGCUCUCAAGCAUCAAGUCUCGAACAUGAGCUGUCGAAAGAAAUUCGAGAUCCGCAGUUGGCGAGUGUGACAGAGAGCUCAACGCCUACACCAAACAACCACCUCCAUAAUUUCCUUCUUCGUGGUGUUAGAACCCGUAACAGCGAUUCUCUUUUGCCAAAGAAAGACUCUGCAACAGUUGCGGCUGUUGUCAUCUGCGCCCUCGUUGUCAAGCUAACAAUUGAAGUCGGGAAACACUCUUUGUUAGAUGUGUUGGAAGAGGCACGAUGUGUCGUUAUGCCGUGGAUUCGUCAUCUGCAGUCCAUCGCAAAACAGUCUGAGCCGCAAUAUGACCGAGCUUGCAACACCUACUUAAAAAGAGUCCAAAUGACUUUCCUGAACGAAUGUCAACGAGCUACGAAUGAUCCGCUUCACAUAUUGAAGACAAGAGCGUAUGCCUUAACGCUUACAGGACUGAAGCUUAAUCAAUACAGUCGGGAUCUCCUAAGGUGUGUUCAUCGUUUCACUCGUGGGGGACAUUCGAGAGAUUCUGAGAACGUGAACGACAUUAUUCGACCGAUAUACGAGGAUGCACUGGUGUACGUGUCAAGGUAUACUAUGGACGAUCAUCGCUGGUUCUCGGAGGAUGUGUCAGCGUGGCUGGACCACGUUGCUCUUGUGUGGUCCACCUGUUCAAUUUCGAAGCCAAUACCUGAUGUGUUCGCGAAAAGAAUAUCGGCAUUGAAGAAACACUCUGACGAAGUCGGUAUUCGAGAAAGCUGCGAGUUGCAGUACCACUUUUUAAAGCAUGGUCUUUACGCACACGAUCCCCUGAUCACGACCGAGAACGACGGGAGUAUUUGUGAAAAAGCUUUCGGAACUAUUGAGGAACUUGUGGAGAAGGUUUCGGUGCCAAGCCUCCACACGCUUCUUGACAUCCACGAACAGCAGGAGGCCCGAUUUCGCACCGCUCGUGAUUGCGAACGGCAUGGACUUCGGAUGUUGAGGUUCCUGCGGGUGCUAGAACCAAUUCGGAAGAUUCUCGUCGUUGCUGGACCUCAAACCAAACAUCUCCCGCGGGGGGGCGUUUUGCUGAUGGGUUCGUACAUGAGAUCUUUGCUCGAUGCCUUACUCGCACUAGACAUUGACAGCAGCAAUCGAUGUGCUGCGGACGACGAGGCAAUCACUGAAGUGCGAAUUCGUUUAGAUAAGAUGACUGGUGCCUGUAUUGAGGCAGUAAGAGAAAUAUCAAGGCAGCACUUCAAGGAGAAGGAAUUGGCCUACCUGUGCGAAGUGGUGAAGUGUAUCGACAUUCUUGUCCGAAAGCAUGCCGAGCGAUUCGAAGAGGGAGCCCAGAAAUGGAAAAGCUGGAUUUCGGGGUUUUACCACAGGCUCUUGCGUGAUAAUCUAAGAAUGAGUUUCUCUAAACAAUCUCCUCAUAUCGCUGAUAUGGACACUCUCAGCCAUACCGCUCGGCUGGCAGAGUGCUGUGCGGACUUGUGGUCUUUCGAUGGAAACGCAAGCUCAAGCUUGAGCAAUUCCGAAGCCGAAUUUCUGGAUUUGGCUAGAGGAUGCUACGUUCUUCUUGAAAAUUGGUGUCAAUCUGCUAGAACGUCCUUAAAGCUCUUGUCUAUUUCAUCCGCUGGUUUCCAAGAAGGACGACCGAGCUGCAACAGAAAAAGCCUUCAAACCUAUGCCCGAAGAUUUUCAGAGGACACAGUUCUGGCAUUUCAAGGGGUUACACCGACUAAACUAUUUCGUCAACCCGAAUGUGAUCCCAAUUUCGUGCUGGCUGUCAUCAUGCAAUACUGCACUGAGGCGAAGCAAUCUUGCUCUGCUCCUGACGCCCAUCGUAAGCCCGUGGACAAAUUGCACACUCUUGUAAGAGUUCGUGGGCACUUAUUGCACCAGCCCUUGUCUGACCAAAAUCUCGAAUUAUGUUCGCAAAGAAAGCUUCAUGCUGUCUGGGUGUCAUUUCUCGCCAAUGAUUCCUCUGAGCUCUCAUCCCUUGACUAUAAUGCUCUUUCAGACGUUGCGACGAAUCACGGUACGGAGAGGUGUCAAGGCCACUCCCAUGUUGACGUGUUUUCAUCACAUCAUACAGCCAUACCUUGCUCUGCCGAUCAGAGUUUUGUUGUGUCCAAACUCUCGGCCGCUAUCCUUGCAUUACGAGAUAGACAAAUGGAUGUCGUCAAGAAUCAACUGCUUGACGUUCAGUUGCGAAUGUCUUCAGCGCACCAACUUUCACAGGAUCUUGAGUUAUUGCACUUAGGUCUUGAAAUCGCUCAGUGGUUGUCGGCAGUCUCGGCAACGGAAGAUUUCGAUCGAGUUGCAGGAAUCGCCCACGAUUUUGGUGAUGUCUGCAGAGGAAAGUUGGGCAUUUCGAGCCCGCGUGUUUGCGUUCUGAACGCAUACCGACAUGUUUUCGGGUUUAAGCCAUGGUGCCGCCGGCCAUCUUCUGAGAUCUCAAAAGAACAUAGCGCAAAGUCCAAGACAUCGAUUAGACGACGCCAAGUAGUAGACCAAAAAGAGUUGGAGGAAUCGCAAAAGCAUACAGGCAACGACAGAAUGCUUGUGGAAGAAAGCGAUCUGAGUACCGCUCAGCGCCGUUUAAAAUCCAACAUCAUUCCGCUAAUGCAGGUUUCAAAGAGCACAGGGCUGCCGAAACCGAAGGAACAUUUCGAGCUUGGUGGUAUCUGCAUUGAUAUCAGUUUUGAUAUUCGUAUGGACCAGGGACAAGCAGUGCUUUGUGACAUAAUGUCACUUGCAGCUAGUCUUCUCUAUAUCGGAAGCAUUUUGCACAGUGUCGAAAGCUUUGCAGAUGCUAGCUACUACGUUCAGCAGUGUGGCCUCAUUGUUUCGAAAUGCCUUCCUCUCAAUGCAUACUUCCGUCGGAUCACAACAGCGCUCUGUUGUGUGCGUCAACCAAUGGCAGUAGAUUUGGACCAGCAGCAUCAACAAUUGCUUCUUGAGCAGCUCUCAGGACUGUCGGAAGAGAACAACCCAUCACGCAGUCCGUUGUUUAGGUCUUUAGCAAUACAUUGUAUAUGUACUCUCUCCUUGGAGGCGUUUUCGCAUCGCUUCACAAGAAACGUUGAGAAAGCCGUUGGGAAGAAUUUGAAGACUGCGCUUGACAUUUGCGAAAGAUUGGAAAACGCUGCGUCAAGUGAUGAGCGGAGUGAUCAUCUUGCCAUCUUCGAUCACCGGAUCACCACACCUAUCGUUGAGCUGUUUACUGAAACCAGCACUCCAGAGGCACUGCGCAUUGUCAAAACGGUGGAAGAAGAUCAGCACACUAUGGAGACAACAAAACUAGCUUGUGUCUACAUCAUGAUGCACUAUCUCGUUCGUAAGGGAAUGGAACCUGGAUCAUUUACUGCUGCCCGCUCCGUGCAGAAGGUUCCAGAAGACCACUUAUCAGGCCGAGUGACAAGGAGCCGUAUGCGAAAGCUCUGCAAAGAACCUUCUAAUGAUUCGCUCAGCAACGAUUUACUCCCGAGAAUUUUAGCGAUGAAUCAGCUAGAAAUGGUGCCAGCCUACUUUCGUCCCCAGUUCGGUCGCCAAAUAUGGAACUUUCAUGGAUUUUUUGCCCUCAAGGAAGAGCAAAGAUUGGCAGGCCUGAUGCAGUCGGCAGGUUGUACAUUCAACUUGCGGUGGGGCACAGUAGUUAAGCAACUGAAGACGCAACAAUCGCGUUCUCAUUCGCAUCAAAGUGAUGUUGAUCGGUUAGGAACAUCAUUUGAUCGGCUUGAAAUGAAAUUGCCUGACAAACUGUGCCCUAGCGUUGACAUACUGCAAGCACAAGGUUGCUUGCUGAAAUCUAACUGUGUGAUAGUUGGUCUAAGUGUUGAUCAAUCACUGCGAUAUCUGGUCUUGUGGCGCAUGAGCUCUGACUCAACGAUUUCAAAACGCAUACCUCUUCCCAUCAAGACUGAAGCAUCUGUGGAAGGAAUCAGACAAAGAUUGGAAGAUGUGCUCAGCAGUAUGAAGUCAAGAUCAGUCAAAGCGGGACAAAGUUUUUCAGAUCAAGAAAAGAAAGAAUGGUGGGAGCACAGGUUUAAGUUGGAUUUCGAAAUGAAGCAGAUCAUGUCUGAUGUUGAAAAUGAAUGGCUUGGCCAAUUGCGAUUGCUUCUGAUUCCAUCACAACCGAACAAAAAUCCAUUUGACGAAGAAGUAGAAGAUUUACAAAGCGACUCGGAUCCAUGUGAUGUUUUUGUUCGAGCCAUGAGGACGACCUUUGCAGAUCUAGAUACUUCUUUUUCUUCCUCAGAAAGAAAAAAAAUCGAGGAACAUCCGGUGACACAUGGUGAAUUGAUCCUUGUUUUGGACUCAAUACUGGAGACUAUUCCGUGGGAGUCACUACCAAUACUUCGUCAGUUAGAUGCCGGUGUUACGAGGGUGCCUUCGCUGCAGUUUUUGCUUCAUCACAUGACGAAGAGAAAGAGUUUUGUUGACCCGGGAAGUCUUUUCUUCGUCGUCAAUCCCGACGGGGAUUUAGGCCGAACAGAGAAUACUUUCAAAGAGCUUCAGCAGUCUUCGAGAUGGUCAGGGUCUUUCGGAAAAGCCUCGAGAGAGGAGGUGUUUAGCGCCUAUAAUAGUGAGGAUAUUUACUUAUACUGCGGACACGGUGCUGGAGAUCAGUAUUUGCCUGCAAAGAAAGUUUUGAAGAAGGGAAGGAGCCCGAUUGCGCUACUAAUGGGAUGCUCAUCAGCGCGGCCCAGAAACCAUCAAAUGGCGAAUAGUGAAAGCAACGGAUCCGCUGUUGACUACCUAGUUCACGGAUCAGAAGCUGUUGUGGGUAAUCUAUGGGAUGUUGGGACGAAAGACAUUGAUCGUUUCACGGUGUCAAUGCUAUCGCAUUGGCUAGAGUUUGGCGAUGGUGAACUUGAGCAGCGUGAGAUACAGAGUUUGGCGAAAUCGGUGGCGUUGGCACGGUCUGCCUGCCACUUGCCCUAUUUAGUUGGUGCUGCCACAGUGGUCAUGGGCCGGCCCCAAAUCUGGGCUCAAAUCUGA